AUGACGGACUCUUGCGAGCCGUUAAGAGUCCUCUCGCUUGAUGGCGGUGGAAUUCGCGGCAUUUCAAGUCUUCUCAUCUUAGAACGAAUCAUGGAGAGGAUACGGGAUGUCAAGUGUCUUGACGAAGUUCCGCGACCAUGCGAGUAUUUCGACCUGAUCGGAGGCACAAGCACAGGCGGGAUCAUAGCGAUAAUGCUUGGAAGGUUAGGGAUGUCUACCGACGAAUGUAUUAAAGCGUAUAAGAAGGUUGCCCAACAAUCUUUCACUCCGAAACGGACAUCAAUUCUACCAGCGUCACCCAGAGGUGCAUUCUCUGCAAAAGCACUCGAGUCUGCCAUAAAAAGAAUUGUGAGGGAGUACUGCACGGACGCCGAUUGCAUCACUCGUCGCAGCGAUGACCCUGCUACUAUAGAGACGUGUCCGCACUCAGACAUGGUCUUCCGAGAUCACACAUGCAAGAAAACGGUGGUCCUAGCAAGUACAAAGGACAAUGUGGAUGCGCCACCAACGCUCUUCAGGACGUACGACUCGUCUACUGCCUUUGAGACUGCUUCUCUUUGGCAAGUCGCACGUGCUACCUCAGCAGCCACGACCUUUUUUAAGUCAAUAAAAGUUGGCCGCGAUCGUAUUGAGUUUGUUGAUGCAGGUUUCGGAUACAACAAUCCGUGCGAAAUUCUGACGAGAGAGGCGCAGCAAGUGUACCCUGAGCGCCGGACGAUGAGAAUCCUUAGCAUUGGGACUGGUCUAGGUGAUGUGGUAACCAUCCAAGACAAACGAUCAUCUAUCAUUACUGCUUUGAAGAAAAUGGUAACAUCUUCCAAGGAGGUAGCAGCACGUAUGCACCAUCGCUACGGGAAUAGUGGCGAGUAUUACCGGUUUAACGUUGAGCAUGGCCUUCAAGAUAUUACAUUAUCUGAUUGGGAAGAGACUAGUAAGAUUUCUGCGCAUACGGGGAACUAUCUAACAGAGAACGAACGGGAGAUAAACAGAUUUGUCGAAAGUUUUGUCCCUUGCGGUGGUUCAGAAAACGGGAAAGGCGCUCAUUCGACGGUGAAUGACAUUACGCAAACGAUUCCGACAACGGCCUAUGCAUUGAACCGAGAAAAUGCGCGACCGAAGGCUGCCUACGAGUCCCAGCCUCACAAAUCUGACCAAGCUCUACCUGAUGACAAAACAUCUCCCUCCUUCUGCAACGGCGAGAUUGCGGACAGUUACUCUGUUAACAAAUCAAAGACUCAAUCCUAUCCAGAACGUGGGCGGCGCUACAAACCCUUUCAAGGACCUGAGCGGCGGCUCAGUAGUAAUCUCUCUUAUGGGUGCUCGACUUGCAGUUCAAAGAUGCACCCCUCCCGGAAAUGCCCAUGGGCGGGCAAGGAUGAGCUACGUUGCAAUCGUUGCCGGCAAUUUGGGCACUGGGAAGAGGACUGCAAACCGAAUGCGCCAUGCAAAAAAUGUCGUAGUAAAGGGCACUCGGCAGAACAUUGUCUCUACGAUAGGGGUUGCUUCCUAUGUUAUUUAUCUACCUACCCAAAACAAUCAAGUGACCACCCACUGACUAUUUCUAUUAUAGGCGGUCAAUAUGACCACUGGAAUGAACCAUGUCGUUGGAAACAAAAGUUGGAGAACUGGAGUUAGGUCAGAUUACACUUUGGAAGAACUUCACCAGCUCCCAGCCUCCAACUACUGUAAGCUGGUUGCAUUUACCUCAGAUGAUAGCUCAAUCUAGAAUAUGGAAUGCUGCCAGUGAUUAUUGUCUGCAAAUUCUCAAUGUCGG